AUGUCGCGGCGCCCGCCAAAAGUUAGCAAAAUUGCCAUGGCCUGUCAGGCAAUGAAAGAGUUUGGCAUUGCUGAAGUCCAAACAAAGCCUGCCGUGAAGCAACUUCUGCAAGUGUAUGAUAAUAACUGGGAUUUCAUCGAAGCCGACAAUUACAAAGAACUCCUUAAUUUUAUCGUACCAGACACCAACAAGCCAGAUGAAGAGCAAGUGCAGCCCAAGGUACAAGGCCCUUUGAUGCGUGAAUCAAAGAGAGUGAAAUCUAAGAACAAACAAGCUCCAUAUGAUACAACUGAAGUUAUUGAGCGUCCAACCAAGAGAUACUGCACCAGGCAACAGAAAGAUCAAUCAGUAGCUAAUACCAAAUACUCUGAAUCAAGCUUGAAAAGAUAUGUGACGUUUGAAGAAGAAUCAAAGGAAUCUGAGGACUCACAACCAUUAGUGAUAAAACCUCGACAAAGACACAUAAAUCUGCAAGAAGACUCUGAAUCGAGCUUGAAAAGAUUUGUGAAGUUUGAAAAAGAACCUGAGGAAUCUGAGGACUUUGCUGGUGAAGAUGUGAUGAAGUACCUGCAAGUGGGGUUAUUGAAUGAGAGCAACAGUGUGAGUGUCCCAGAUCGGUCUUCCCCAGUGAAAAAUGCUUUGAUUUCUAGCUCUUCUCAGAACUCUGGUUUUGAUCUUCCUAACGGUGAAGUAUCCCAAGAAAUGAUGGAUGGGAAAUGCAUAAAAUCAUAUAGGACUGGAGAAUGCCUCUCCAUGGCAAUAGCAACUAAUGUCAUGGGGAAUAAGCCAGAAUUAAUAACUUGUAAUGAACAAGAUCAAGGCAGUAAGAGCAGUGGUCUGGGUUCUUUUACUGAGCUAUUUGUUGAUGAAAAUCUCAUCAACCCUAUUCGUACACCCAGUCAUAUACCAUUGGGUUGUUUUGAAGGCCUUCGCAGCAUAGUUGGUAUUAAAGUUAGGGAUAUGGAGAAUAUCUGUGAGGAAAGUGCAAAGAUUUUAAGGAAUUUAAUUUAUAAUAAGGCCUCUGUGAGUUUUACACUUGCUAGUAUAUCUGAUGAGGAUUGUUGUUCAGAAUGUUAUGGGGAUUGUCUUACAUCAUCAGUCCCUUGUCUUUGUGUGAUUGCAAAUGGCGGUGAAUGUGCUUACACGCCAGGAGGAGUGGUCAAGGAGAAGUUUCUGGAAGAAUGUAUAUCUAAGAAGCAUGAGCCAAAAGAGCACCCCCAGUUCUACUGUAAAAAGUGCCCACUUGAGAAGUUAGAGAAUGGGAAGAGUUCAGUAGCAUGCAAGGGACAUUUGUUACGGAGGUUUAUAAAGGAAUGCUGGUGCAAGUGCGGUUGUAUGAGGAGCUGUGGAAACCGGAUUGUACAAAAAGGCAUUGCUGUGAAGUUGCAGGUAUUUUGGACAACCGAAGGGAAAGGGUGGGGUCUAAGAACACUGGAGGCUUUGCCAAGAGGGGCUUUUGUUUGUGAAUAUGUUGGAGAGGUUCUAACCAUUGGCGAACUACAUGAGCGAAAUUUGCCAAGUGUUGGUAAGGAGCAUUCCUACCCAGUGCUACUAGAUGCAGACUGGGAUUCACAGGAUAUGUUGAAAGAUGAAAAAGCUCUUUGCUUGGACACUACAGUCUACGGAAAUGUUGCAAGAUUCAUUAACCACAGAUGUUCUGAUGCUACAUUGGUUGAGAUCCCAGUUGAAGUAGAGACCCCAGAUCGUCACUACUAUCACGUUGCCCUUUUCACAACAAGGGAUGUUGGUGCUAUGGAGGAGCUCACUUGGGACUAUGGCAUUGCCUUUAAUGACCAUGAUUACCAUGUGAAUCCCUUCCAAUGUGUCUGUGGAAGUCCAUUCUGUCGUGACCGCAAUGAUUCAAAACGUGAAAAGACAUAUGUCCGACGAAGGCGCAAGGAUGGGAAGGAUAACCAAAAGGAUGGUGUGCUUGGUCACCUAGCAAAGGAUCUUGAUGAGGCUACACCAAGAGAGGAAAUACAAGUAGAACCUGAUGUAGUAAUGCAGCUGGAGGUUGUCCCAUCUACGGGUGCACUGAGAGAGGAGGUACAAGUAGCAGCACCACAUGCAUCCAGGCGGCUUGAGAUUGUCCCGCGUGCGCUGAACAAGGAGAUACAAGACGUUCCCAAUCAAUGCAUGCAGCUUCAGGUUAUCCCUUCUACUCCUCGAAUUGAACCCAGGGAGGCAAUGCACUGUUUGGAACGGGAGCCAGUUAGAGAUAGCAGCUCCUCUUCCACGGCGCUUCUGGCCAAGGAGGUAGCAGACUUGCAGGCUCAGCUUGAGGCUGAGAAGGCAGCUCGAGAGAAAGACCACAUUAACUUUGAGGCUCAUCGUGCUCAAUUCCAGGCAGUAAUGCAGCAAUUGUCCACUCUUCUCCCUGGGUUUCAGAUUUUGUCCACUUCUGUGCAGUGGAGCGGGGCAACAGUGGGAUGGUAA